AUCGCGCCGGAUACGCGAGAUCCGUCCGCGAUGGAUACACGGCGGUUAAUUGUCUCCAUGUUGUCUUGUCGUGUUGACGUGGGUUGUCCAGGCAGCACACCCCCAUGGCGACUUCCUUCCUGGGACGACCUGAUGGAAGGAGGUUGGAAAGUGCCAUUCGCUUGAGGGGGAAGAAGCGGGAAGGAAGGAAGGUGCGGUCGAUGAUGGGCAAGUCGACGCCGCGCGCGGUUAGAGACAUGGCGUUCAAGGGAAAGUACUACUACUCACUGUACCUGCCUCACGUCAAGUUUAUAAAAUGAAGACGACUCCGUCGCUCAUUCUCUUCUCCAGUCACUUCCAUCGUCCGUCCAUCCGUCUCGUCCCUUCUUCAUCUUCACCAUCUUUGAUACACUCAGUCAAGUCCACCUCCCUGAGUCUCUUGUCUCCCAAAAUCAACACCAAAGUCAAGCCUUCCAAGUGCUCAAGAUGGCGACGUCAACCUUCCCCCAGCUGCCCGUCCCUCAUAGCGACCUGGUCAAGCACAUCACCAACCACCCACAGACCCCCAUGGUCGACCUCCUCCAGCCCUACCGUGACUAUGAGGCUCGUCUUCGUCAGGUCUACGCCCAAGAGCCCGACUCUGAGCUGCUCAAGGACCCCUACGUCAACGUCCUGCCUCUCUUCACAGACAACACCUCCGACAUCAAGAUCCGGGCCCGUAACAUGGAGGCCGAGUCCGAAGAGGAGAGAGCACGCUACAUCAUGCCCCUGCCCAAGGACAUACGCCGUCCAGACCAAUCCCCCGCCGUUGUCCAGUCACACAAGGACUUCCAGAGGAACUUCAACAUCUUCUCCGAGUCUUCUCUGGUCGAGUUGAAUUGGGACAAUGUCGUUGCGGCCGGCUCCUCGGUUGUCAACUGCAUCUUGCCGGUUCCCAAAAAGUACAGCGGCUCCAAGAGGCUGAUGCGCGAGUUCUACCAUGAAAAGUUUGCUCCUGCGUCCGACGUCGAUCUGUUCUUGUAUGGCCUGACCGAGGCGCAGGCGAUUGAGAAGAUCAAGGAGAUUGAGAGCCAGGUCAGGGAUGCGUUGCUUUGCGAGACUACCACGGUUAGGACCAAGCAUGCUGUUACCAUUUGCAGCCAGUAUCCCACCAGACACAUCCAGAUCGUCCUUCGCAUCUACAAGUCCGUGUCCGAAAUUCUGACCGGUUUCGACAUCGACUGCUCUGGCGCUGCCUAUGAUGGAAAGCAAGUCUAUUGCACCCCUCGCGCUCUGCAGUCCUACAUGACCCAGACCAACCACAUCGACCUCACUCGCCGCAGUCCUUCCUACGAAAACCGCCUUUCCAAGUACAGCCGCAGAGGGUUUGAGGUCUACUGGCCUGAGCUUGACCGUUCUCGCAUCGACCCUACCAUCUUCGAGCGGAGUUUUAUGAGAACACUGGGUCUCGCACGACUUCUCGUGCUGGAAAGACUGCCCACUGCCAAGGCUAGAGACAACUAUGUCGACCAGCGUCGCCAGGAAAGAGGUCGCCCUGCUCUUAAUCGAUUCGUGCGCAAGAACUUUCGGGCCAUGGGUUCGAACAUCAAGGACGACUACGACGACGAAAUCGCCGAUUGGGUCAGCGGAGACGAAGUGUCCGACUACCACACAUUUACCAUCCCCUACGGUCCCAAGUUCCACGCCAAAAAGAUUGAGAAGCUUUGCUACACCAAGGAUCUCUUGCUCAAUGCCGAGUGGAACCAGCACGAUAAUCGGACCGUGUACUUGCACCGCCAUCCUGCCUUCUUUGGCCGCUUCAAGGACGUCGUUGAAGACUGCUGCGGACACUGCCCGGUUCCCCAGACCGAUGAGGAGAAAGACAUUGCCGAAGAGGAAGAGAAGAUCUACGUCUCUGGCAGAAUCUCCUUCAUCAAGGACGACCCCGGAAGACAGCAGAUUGGCUCCUUCAACCCUUUGACCGAUGAUGACUGGACGGAAAUGGCCUAUAUCGGCAACACUGCCAGGCUGUGCCAGGCCAUUGUCGACGAGGAUGUUGAGCAUGUCCAAGACUGGCUUGCUCAGGAGGGCGCCAAUCCCAACACCAGAGACCACACAGGCAGGACUCCCCUUCACCUUGCUGUCAUGUCUUCCUCGCCCGCAGUGGUUCGUGCCCUCGUUGAGGCUGGUGCCCGCCUUACUGCGCGUCUCGCGGACGGAAGAACCGCACUCCACCUGGCCGCUUCUCGUGGCGACGUGGAAAUUGUCAAGAUCCUCAUGAAUAAGAGCAACGCCAACGAGGAAGAGUUUGAGGAACUGGAAGAUCAACGUCGUAAGGCUAGGGCUGCACUUCGAGAGAAGAAGACGGAGAAGAUGGAUAUCGACGAGGAGAAGGCGGAUGACUCGGAAGACAUCGAAAUGAUCGAAGCAGGCGAUGCCGAGUCUGAUGCGGGUGGCGAUAAGAUGAGCAUCGCGACAGGUUCGUUUGUCAAGGUUGACAAGACUCCUGAAACACCCGCACCUGAUGGCAUACUCGUAGCCGAAGAUGAGGAAGGCCCUGACUUCUACAAAGUGGAUGAAGUUGCAUGGGAUAUUCCGUGCUCGGCUUUGCACCUUGCCAUCAUGGAGGGGCACUGUGAAGUUGUCAAGCUUUUGUGCCAAGAAUACGGAGCUGAUGUCUUGCUGCCCGUCAAGUUCCCUCAGGAUAAGAAUAAGGUCCUCCUGACGCUGGGUCUUGUCAUGGCCCUUCCCAUCGAAAAGGCAAAGUCGAUGGCUCAGACGCUUCUCAGCCUUGGUGCCACGGUCGCCCAGGCGGACAUGAACAGUUGCACUGUGUUCACCCGUUACGUGGAGCGAAAUGCCAGGACGCUGCUGGACUUGGCCUGUGAGCUCGACAAGGCAGGCUACAAGACGGCAAUCAACCACGUCUGCAAUCAAUGGGCCCAAAGUGAGACGCCAUUGCUAAUCGCAAUCAAAGAUGGCGACCUGAGCAUGGUUGUGAAGCUCCUUGAGACGGGCGCUGUGCCAGAGAUUGACUUUGAGACCUGGCUCAAGAGCGCCAGACAAUCGCCCAAGGAGAGCCGGCUCAGCGACUUUGAGAGCAACAAGAAAUUGUUCCAAGAAGAUCUUGAUCGCCCAUUGAUUGCUGCCUUGCGGUCCAAGGAGCCCAGCAUUGCGCUUGAACUUUUAGAACGGGGGUGCGAUCCGAAUCCCCUCCACCCCGAGUCAGUAAGGGGUUUGCAUAGUACUUACUCCUAUCGAUGGAAGGGCAAAAGUGCCCUUGACAUGGUGCGGGAGCAGCUAGAGGAUCUUCGAAAAUACAAAGGAGAAAACACCAAAUUCGAGGAGCCCAAGCCGCGCCUGGGACUUGACACGUAUCUCCAACGCUUCGAGGAGGGCACUUAUCAACACUGGGCGGUAUCCGGCGGAGUCAAAGUUGAGAAGAUGGGGGACCCGGAGAAGCGGACGGAAUAUGAGAUAGGUCUAAAAUGUCUUGAGAGAACGAAGGGCAUUCCUGAAAAGGAGCAGGCCGUCCGAGACGCCAUUGCGACGCUGGAGAGAAUAGAACAGAGCAUCAUCUCUAAGGGUGGCAAGACGUUCAAGGAGCUCUAUCCCGACCGCAAGGAGGACGGUAAUGAUGACACCAGCAUCAAUCACCAUGGGUUCUGGCUUGGUCGUCAUCAUGACGACGAGGUUUCCAAGAAAGAGCCGUAUCACUAUAACUUCGUGUUCACCGGUGUUCAGGACAUGACUGAGACAAAGCAGGCUGCCUACAUGGAGCUUUUUGAGGCUGUAUGGACUGGUGAUCUCGAUAAGGUCAAAAAAUUCACCUUGACUUCUUGGGACGACGCCAAGCAGCAGCCGCCACUAAAGAUUGCUGUCGAAGGUCACAAUGGACACAAUCCCUUCACCCUGGCGUUGCAGUGUGGUCACUACGAACUCGCCAAGGCGGUGCUAGAGAUUGCUCAGGCGCAGUACUCACCUCCGGAGAAGGCCAAGACCCGUUACUCGAUGAACAAGAGCGGCGGGGAAGAAGAAGAAGAUGAUGAUGAUGAUAGUUCCUCCGACGAGUCUGCACCCAGAAUUGUGGGCGAGACUGUCGACGAUCAGCUUACCAUUGACACCAUCGGUCAGGUGUCCAUGCAGGUAGAGAGUCACACCUUACCAGUAUCUCUGCUUAGGGGCAGGACGGCCACCAACGGUCUCAACUACGGCAGAUGGCGUAAUCACAUGCAGUUGAACAAGGGCCAGGUUCUCGAUGAUGAAGAGGAAACGUGGGAUCCGCUGAUGUAUGCCGUCACGAAUAACGACUUGAAGCUCCUUAAGUUUGUGCUCGAUAUGGGCGAGUACUUUGGAACCCUGCAGCUUGACCCGGCCACAGAGCCUCCCAAGUUCUUCUCCGCACCAGAUGAAGUCUUUGCCACGGCCAUUCGGAAGGGACGCGUUGAGGUCAUGGCUGAGCUGAUCAGACGCACGGGUGCGGGCUUGCCAUUGGAGCACCUGGUGGAAGGAUCCGGUGUCGAGCUUAAGGAGCAGCCGCGCUAUUACCAGGGCUUGUCGGUGUAUGGAAAGAAGAGAAAGGAUUGGGCCAAUGCCGGCCGGGAAGUGGCUCAACAACCACGCGAUGAGAAUUCCACAACGUCGCCUCUGCUGAGAGCUGCUGAGAGCUGUUGCAUCGAGAGUAUCCAGUGGUUCUUGAGCGAUGCCCCGUUGAGACAUUACCUCGAGUUUGCCAAAUCCAAGGCUGCUCAGGAAGACACCAGGAUGCAACACCUGGGACGGGCCCCCGGAGGUGUUGAAGGUGCGAUCGCUAGAUGGCUUGAUGAUCAGGGCGAGUUGAUCAUCCACGCCGUCAUUGUCAAGUCUGGCCAAGUCGACGUUAGUCAUCUGGUCUCGUAUCUUAUCAAGGCUUGCCCUGAAGCCUUGGAGGCCAAGUCACACAACGUGACACCGCUGGUGCAGGCCGUCUACAUGGGUCGUGUGGAACUCGUCAAGCUCCUGCUAGAAGCCGGUGCUGACCCAAACGUCAGGACUAGCUCGUGGACCAAUAUUUUGCACGCCGCAUUGCUCUACACGCCACCGGCUGACAAGCUCAAGGAACUGCUAAGCCUCUUCGACCGCGAGGCCGUCAUCCGCAUGGUCACUGAGCGUUCCAGCCUGGCCAGUGAUGGCCGCACCCCACUCCACCAAUGGCUGACCUGCAUCGGAGGGAACGAAGACCACAACAAGUCCGUCGCCGUCUUCAACCUCCUCGUUGAGAUGUCGUCUGAGGCGGUGACCACCGCGCUCAAUAUGCUUGACGCUUCCGGUGACACGCCUUUGCACGACAUGUUAACCUCACACACCAGCUCCAAGCUGAUCCGGGCCGUGCUGGACUUCCAACCCAGCCUGCUCUUCCGUGAGAACGCCGUGGGCCGGACCCCCGUCGAAGUGGUUCACGACGAGCUCAUUUCCAGCCGAGUCAAGUCAGAGAGCGGACAGCAGGGGCGCUACCAUUCAAGGUACAGUGUGUCUGGAGCUGAAGGCUACCGCUACUUGAUGGGAGAGAAGCCGCAGGUGUUUCUCAACAACAUGAAACUUUAUCAGGAAAAACGGAGCCGUGAGCAUGAGAGCCAAUAUAGUGACAGCCAUAAUACCCGAAUGUGGGCUCUUUGCCAGGAAUAUUUGGCCAAAUUGGCCAGCACCCCUCCUCCAUCUCGUUCCGCUUCACCUCCCACCACCGAAGGCCAAACCCAAGCUCAUCAUGCCCGCGACCAGUCGCCUCCCAAACGCCGCAAGCUCACGACAGAAACCGAAGGCCGUCUUAACGCACACAUCAUCGCCACCCACAAGCUGAAAGAGAAGCGCACACUCGUCUCUCUCCCCGAAGCCAACGACGUAGCCAAGCGUCUGGGCGAAAUGAAGGUGGGAUCCAAGUACAAUUACCAACUUGCUCCUCCCGAAGAGGAAGGUCAAGAAGAAGAAGAUGUGAAACGGUUCGCAGACGACGAGACCCCUUUCGCCUCCAAGCCCGACCGUCGCACAUGGGGAGACGGUGUCCGUUAUGGCAGGUGGAGAAAGCAAAAUGGAGAGAAGCAGACGCCGCGGAAGAGUUAUCGUGUACUGGCCAAUGUGGCUUGGAAGGAUCUGAAGAAGAGUGGGGAGAAGGCUGAUGACGGGCUGGAUUGGGGACGGUGUAGGUUUUGCGGGGAUUAUCAUACGAAGUCUGGGGAGCCGCAUCCGUACAACCACUGAAGCGGCCAUGGCUCGAAAAAGGUCGGGAUUGGGAUGUCAAAUAGUUCGUCGCUUUUACAUGUUUGCGGCCGGGCAAGAUGGAGUUGCAUGUUUGAAGUUGAGCGGUGGGAAAUUUUGCUGUUUUUCUGUCUGAUCUUCCUUUUGGUAGUUUACUGUAACCUGCUAGAG